UUGGUCAAUGGUGGUAGGUUAAACUGAGGAUCGUAUUUUUGUUCCUGUGUCAACGAAAAGAAAAGAACAGCAGCCAGUGAGACCGGGCGAAGUUGUCAUCAAAGAUAGUUUUUUUUCUCCAACAUUAACGAAAAAGUCUCCUCUUACCGGACACCAGCCAGACAUCCACUACCGUAGCAGAACUCAAGUUAAAGAUGAACUCCAAUGUGGAGAAUUUGCCCCCUCAUGUUCUUCGCUUGGUCUACAAAGAGGUUUCAGCUUUAGCAGCAGACCCGCCUGAGGGUAUCAAGAUUUAUCCCAGUGAGGAAGAUAUAACUGAACUGCACACAGCCAUUGAAGGACCAGAGGGAACUCCAUUUGCUGGUGGCAUUUUCCGAAUGCGCCUGGUCCUUGGGAAGGACUUCCCUGCGGUUCCACCCAAGGGUUAUUUCCUGACCAAGAUUUUUCACCCCAAUGUCGGUCACAAGGGAGAGAUCUGUGUCAACGUGUUGAAGAGGGACUGGAAAGCAGAACUCGGCCUCAGACAUGUCUUACUUACAAUCAAGUGUCUUCUCAUCCAUCCAAACCCAGAGUCGGCUCUGAACGAAGAGGCCGGGCGUUUGCUGUUAGAGGACUAUGCAGAAUAUGAGUCCCGCGCUCGUCUGCUCACAGAGAUCCACGCCAUGGGUGGGCCUGGCGGGACCUCGGGGGCUCCACAGGACCCCAGUGAUGGCCCACAGCCAAAGAAGCACGCAGGUGACCCCACCAAGAGAGCAGGACCCAGUGCAGUGGCUGUGCCAGCGACUCUGGGUAACGGCGCCAACGGAGCCAGUACCACCACCAGCAAUAGCAGCAGUAAUAGUAGCACUAACAACGUAGCAGGGAAAAAGAAAGCAGAUAAAAAGCGUGCAUUGAGGCGACUUUAAUACCUCAGCGAAAUUCUCAGUGUGUGUGUGUGUGUGUGUGUGUGCGUGCGUGUGCGUGUGCGCACGCGCGCACGAGAGAGAGAGUGUGUAAAUAUAAAUAUUGAAGUGUGCUGAUGAUGUUUUUGUUCCCUUUUUUCCUGACUCUUUCUACCACCAAUCCAGACUAUCCACUUUGUAAUCAUAUCUUACCCUUUGUUUUGCCACCACUUUGUCUUGAUGGCAUUACAGGUUUGUUAAUCAUUUCCAUACCUAAAUACGUGAUGACAAAUAUGUUCCUCUUGUAGAAGAAAGAAUAUACUUUCACUGCAGAAAUCAUGCCAUCAUUUGUAUUUUUCCCUCAGCCUCCUUCUUAAUGAAAGACAUGGGGAGUGGUUUUCACUGUGCAAAACAUGGCCUCUAAUGUCUGUCCAUUAAUUAAAACAUAACUACUUUUGUCUCAGACUCGAUAGCAGAGCUUUUUAAAGUGUUUCUUGGUAGAAGCUGCUGUGAUGGUACUGUGUACUGCUCAGCCAGGCUCACUCUCGAGUCCAAACCAAGAUGUUACUUUAAUUAAAGUCAGGUUUUCAAAUUGAGCUGAAAGGAAAUAAUGGUAGAAGUUGCUUAACGAUUAUGCAAGAGGUCACAAUUGGGAGAUAAAUAUUGUCAAUGUCACACGAAAUAGUAACAUCUUUUAAAUUGUACUUUUCAUAACUGUGAACUGAACGAAGUGAAAGUGGAAAGAGUUUGCAGCAGCGUGUAGAAAGCCUGAUAUAUUCUUCAUGGAGUCUCAAACCCCUCUUAAGUUUUUUUUAUUCCUCCAAAAUUGUUUCACUGUCCAGUAUUUUCAAAAGUUGUUUAUAAUUGACAUGUCCAUAUUCAGCUGUCUUGUGGUUAUGUGUGAAGACUUAGAUCAGUGGCUGUAUGGAAACAGGGUAGGUUUGCCAGACAACUUUAUAAAGAAAGAAUGAAUCAUCAUACAGUGAUGUGACUUGCUUAAACUACCCCUGCUUCCCUACAAAAGCAGUACAUGCUCUUAAAUACCCAGCUCUCCGACCAGCCAUGUGGGUACCAGAGAGGGCAUCAGUAGGAGAACCUUCCACAUUUGAUAGAAAUUGUCUCUCCACCCGUUGCACCUGGCAGAGUUUCCUGGGCAGGUUUUUCUCUCUGUUCUAAAUGCAUGCGGGGUCUACAUUUCCCAAGGAAACACACUGAAGCGCUGUCUUAAUGUGGAUGGAAAAGGUGCCUCUGAAACUCCUGUUAAUGUGCAGACAGUUGGCUGGAUAUUUUGUGUCCAUUUUAAAUUAUUUAAAUAAAUAAAACAUUGAAAUACAAGAAGUGAAAUGAAAAAUGA